AUGAAGCGCAGCGCCACCGCGUCCGCCAUCUCCGGCACAAAGCGGCCGAAGGCAGCCGCCGACCCGCCGAGCGAGAGGGCGCCCGUCGCGCGUGACGCCGGCAUCCUGAGCGCUGCUGCCGUGCGCGCCCUGGCCUCGGAUCUCGAUGCGCUGCCUACCCAUGUCGAAGGCUGCGUCCGCCUGCUGGCCGAGGGACACACUGUGCCGUUCAUCGCUCGGUACCGGCAGCCCGAGACCGGUGGCAUGGCCCCGCCGCUUCUGCGGCGAAUCGAUGCGGCGUCAAGGGAUGCGGCGAGCCUCGCAGCACGGUGCGACGCGGUCGUUGCGGCGCUGCGCAAGACGGAUCGCUUGACAGCCCAGCUCGAGGCCGCGCUGCGCGCGGCUCCCACUCUGGCAGCGCUCGAAGACGUCUAUGCGCCUCACAAGUCGAAGCCGUGCUCACUUGCAGAACGGGCGCGCGCCCUUGGAUGCGAGCCGGCGGCGCAGGCCCGCCAGGCUUUCGGGCUUUCCCAGGCCUUGCGCGCGGCGGCGGCGGGUUCGGGUGCUCGAUCCAGCGAGGGCGGCACCGAGGCGGCGCUGCGUGAGGGCACUCAAAAGGUGCUGGCCGAGAUGACCGCUCGUUCGCCCGCGGUGCGCGAGGCUGCGCGCGGCGCGCUGCGCAGAUGCGCGCUGGUGAAAUGCACAGCGGUCGCAGGCAAGCGAUCGAUCAGCGGGAGCGGCGGCGCCGGCGCCGCGAGCUCCAAGAAGGCGAGCACGGCAACCGCAGCGGCGGCGGCCAGCGGCGGCGAGAAUUUUCGCGACUACGCGGACUUUGAGCGGCCCCUCAGCGCGGUCUCGUCGCACGCGUGGCUGGCGAUGCACCGCGGCGUCGAGCUCAAGCUGCUCCGGCUCUCCGUCGCGCCCCGCGACGAGGCUUCCGUCGCCGCCGCUGUCCAGCGGCGCGCGCUCGAGGCGGCGCGGUGCGAGGCGAUCGAGUGCUUCGCCGCCAACCUUUCGCCGCUGCUGCUCGCGCCCCCGCUGCGCGGCACGGCCGUGCUUGGCGUCGACCCAGGCUUCGCACACGGCCACAAGCUCGCGGCGGUCCGCGUGAUUGCCGAGCUGUGCGACAGCCAUGGUGUGGGAGCCGUCGCGGUGGGCGACGGCCAGAACAGCCGUGAGGCGCAGAGGCUGGUCGCCGCCGCAAUCGCAGCGACACGUCGUGGCGGCGGACGGUUGCGAUACGCUGUGGUGCGCGAGAAUGGCGCCUCAAUCUACUCAGCGUCCGAUCUAGCGGCGGCGGAGCUGGGCGAUGUGCCGCUGCAGCACCGCGCCGCCGUCUCGAUUGCGCGCCGUUUGGCCGACCCGCUGUCCGAGUUUGUCAAGAUUGAGCCGGCCGCGCUGGGCGUCGGAAUGUACCAGCGCGAUUUGCCCGCCAAGGAGCUCGGCGCGCGGCUGGAUGCGGCCGUCGAGGACGCCGUCGCAGCGGUGGGAGUCGAGGUGAAUGGCGCGUCGCCUUCAUUGCUGCAGCGCGUCGCCGGCCUCAACAGGAAGACUGCAUCCGCGCUGCGCGCCCACAUCGACACCGCGGGCGAGCUUUCGAGCCGUGAGUCGCUGAGGCAGGUGCCCGGCAUCGGUCCCAAGACGUACGUCAACAUUGCCGGCUUCCUGCGCAUCACGGCUUCCGACGGUGCGCCGCUCGCGGAGCCGCUGGACGCGAGCCGCGCCCGAGCCCUGCUCGCGGCAGCUGGCAUCGGCGCGGGCGCUCUUGGCCAGCUCGCGCGCCGCGGCGGGGGAUUUGCCGAGGGUGACUGCGCGCGCCUCCGUGCGCUCGCUGCUGCUCCUGCCCCCGGCGGUGGCGCCGCCUCUCCUGGCGGCGGGCGGGCGGCGCUGGUCGAGCUUCUUUGCGACCCGCUCUUGUGCGGCGACCCGCGCGAACAGCUCGCGCCGCCGCCGCAACUCGUGGCGAGCGCACCGCGUUCCCUCGCCGACGUGCGCGCGGGCGACGUGUUCGAGCACGCCGUCGUCAAGAACGCCGCCCCGUUUGGCCUUUUCGUCGACGUGGGUGUCGGUUCGGACGGGCUCCUCCACGCUUCCGAGCUCAAGAAGCGCGGCAGCGGCCGCCACGUCCCAACAGUUGGCGCGAGCAUCUGUGUGACCGCAAAGGCGGCAUCAAAGGCAGUGCCUGAUAUAGAGCUCUAA